AUGAACUUUCAGUUCAACGGGUUCAACAUGAUGUUUCCGGACCACUCGCGUCCAUUCAACACCACAUACAAAUGCUACUCCGUGUCUAUGCUGCCAGGAAACGAGCGUCAAAAUGUGGAGAACGGAGGAAAAAUCAUAAUGCCACCGUCUGCCCUGGAUCAGCUGACACGGCUGAACGUUGUGUACCCGAUGUUGUUCAAGCUCACCAAUGGCACGAUAAAUCGCAGCACACACGCGGGCGUGCUAGAGUUUGUUGCAGACGAGGGCAAAAUCUACAUUCCCUACUGGAUGAUGCACAAUCUGUUGCUAGACGAGGGUGAUAUUGUCGAAAUCGAAAGCGUCUCUAUCCCGGUUGCAACGUAUUCCAAGUUCCAGCCGCAGAGCGUCGAGUUCCUUGACAUCACAAACCCGAAAGCGGUGCUGGAGAAUUGCUUACGAAAUUUCGCCUGCCUCACGACUGGCGACUUGAUCGCGAUUAAGUAUAACAACACCACGUACGAGCUGUCCGUGCUGGAGACGAAGCCCGGUCCGGCCGUAACGAUCAUCGAAUGUGAUAUGAACGUAGAGUUCGCUCCGCCCGUUGGAUACACCGAGCCGGAACGCAAGGAGAAAGAAGAAGAACCGAUGACGAUCGAUCCCACGGAACUGAUGCCAGAACCUACCGGAUACGUGGCAUUCAAAGGCGAAGGCACCAGGUUGGAUGGGAAAAAGAAGAAAGAUAACGGCAGUAAUGAUGCACCCAUUGUCCAGCGGCAAACCUACGUGCGCGGUAUCCCCGACUACGAUCAUCCGUACGGGUUGCUACGAUUCGAUCGAAGUGUGAGGAAAACGGAGCAGAACGAGCCAAAACCGGAAGACAGCAAGCCUCAAGUUAGCAAAUUCCAAGGCGCAGGAUGCAAUCUGAAGAAAAAUCCCAAAUAGAAACGAGAACAACUGAUCCUCCCAAAGCCGCUGGUGUGCAUAAGUUUUUGUGUUAUAAACCUUAUAUUUCCGUCUCUUCACAACUGUGUUUUAUCGAAUGAAUUUCUGUGGUAGA